AUGCGAUUAUGUCUUGUUUUUUGGUUAUAUUUAAUAGUUAAUAUAUCUAUAAUUGAAAGUCAAUAUAUUCGUUUAUCAACAGUUAAUUGUAGUGAAUUAUCACCAAUAGGUACAUCUAUAAUACAAUUAUUAGAUAUAUUACCAUUAUCAAAUUGGGAAUUUACAUUUUUAACUCAAACAUUAAUAGAAUCUUAUUUUCUAUUAGAUAAUCUUAAAGGUACAAUUAUAAUUAAAAAUUUUCUUGAUCGUGAAAAUUUAUGUCGUUUAAAUUUAUGUUCAUGUUUAAAUCAAUGUUUAAUUAAACUUGAUAUACAUGCAAUAAGUGAUAAAUAUACAUAUAUAUUAUCAUUACCAAUAUUAAUUUAUGAUGAAAAUGAUAAUUAUUGUUAUUUUUUAAAUGAUAUUUAUUAUUUAAAUAUAAGUGAAAAUAUACAAUUAAAUACACAUAUUAUAUUACCAAUAGGUUAUGAUCCUGAUUUAACACCAAAUAAUAUUCAAUAUUAUUAUUUAUUAGAAAAUAAUUAUACAGAAUUUUAUUUUAAUAAUCAAUUACCACCAUCAAUUAUUAUUAUUAAACAAUUAGAUCGUGAAUUAAAUGAUAAAUAUUAUUUUAAUUAUUGUGCUUAUGAAGAACAAUAUUCAUGUUGUAUGAAAAUUAUUUUAACAAUAAUUGAUAUUAAUGAUAAUUCAGCAAUAUUUCAAUAUGAUCAACAAUUACCAUUAAUAAUAAAUAUAUCUGAAUUUACAUCAAUUAAUACAGAACUUAUUCAAAUGAAAGCUUUUGAUUUAGAUGAUGGUCUUAAUGGACAAAUUAUUUAUACAUUUUCAAAAUGGACAUUAAAUGAUAAAACAAUUAAUGAAAUAUUUAAUUUAAAUUCUCAAAAUGGUUCAAUUAUACUUUUAAAACAAUUAGAUUAUGAACAACGAAAUAAUUAUGAAUUACAAAUACAAGCUAUUGAUCUUGGUCUUAAUGCUACUCCAACAUAUGCAACAGUUAUUAUACAGGUCAUUGAUGAGAAUGAUUGUAUUCCGGAAAUGUUUAUCUUUACACCUACUGAUGUUCGAUUAAUUAAUAAUUCAUCAAUCUAUAUUAUGGAAAAUAUUUCAAUUAAUACAGCUAUCUUUUAUCUAACUGUUUCUGAUUGUGAUACAGGUGAUAAUGGAUAUGUAACUAUUGAAUUAAUAUCUUUAAAUUCAAUUGUUAAAUUAGAAAAAGUAACUAAUUCUACAUAUAUUCUCAUAACAAAUAUAAAUUUUGAUCGUGAACAAAAUUCUUCUUAUUCAUUUUCAUUAAAUAUUUAUGAUCAUGGAAAACCAAUUAAUUCAUUAAUAAAUACAUUUAAUUUAUAUUUAAUUGAUAUAAAUGAUUGUUUUCCAUAUUUUGAUAAUUCAAUAAAUUAUUCAUUUAUUAUUGAUGAAAAUAAUCAAGAAAAUUUCAUUAUUCAUACUUUUGAAAUAUUUGAUAAUGAUGAAAAUGAUCAAAUAAUUCUUUAUAUUAAAUUUAUAAAUGAAGAAGAAAAAGAUAUUUUUCAAAUAAAUAAACAAAAUCAAUUAAUUAUUAAAAAAAGUCUUGAUUAUGAAUAUAAAUCAUUUUAUAAUUUAACAAUUAUUGCUCAAGAUUUAAUUGAACAUCAAACAUCAAUAUUAAUAAAUAUUUAUCUCAAUGAUUUAAAUGAUAAUCCAGUUAAAUUUCAUAGAAAUUUUCUUCAAAUACAAAUUCAAGAAAAUCAAUUAACUAAAACAUUUCUUAGUCAAAUUCAAGCUGAAGAUAAAGAUAAAAAUAAUCAAAUUAUUUAUUAUAUUCAUCCAAAUGAUUUAAAUUAUAUUGAAAAUUUAAUUGAAUUAACAACAAAUGGAAAUUUAUAUACAAAAAUAAAAUUUAAUCAAAAACAAAUAAAUAAAUUUCAAUUUCGAAUAAUAGCUAAUGAUUCUUUAUAUACAGAUAUUAUAUUAAUUGAAAUUCUUAUUGAUAAUAAUAUUCUAUUAAAACCACAAUCUCCAUAUUGUUUUACUUUAAAUAAUAAUAAUAAUAAUGAAAAUAUUCAAAUUGAAUUUCAAGCAUAUAGAAAUGUAUCAUUUUAUUUAAGAAAUCCAUCAUCAUCAGAUCUUAUUCUUUUUCCUAAUGGAACUUUAAUUGUUAAAUCAAUUUUAAAUAAAUAUUCAUUUGAUAUUUAUUUACAAGAGAAUAAUUAUUCUGCUAUAUUUAUAAAUUUUAUUCUUUUAAUACAAUUUAAAUGUGAAAAUUAUCAUUUUAUUCAAUUUUAUCAAGAAAUUAUUUUUAUUUCUUUAAUCAUUUUUAUUAUCUUUAUUAUUAUUAUUAUUUAUUUUUAUUUUCAACAUAAAAUACAAAAAAAAUUAUUCAAAAAAAAAAUCAAUAUAACACGAUCAUUUUCAUUAUCAUUAAAUGAUAUAUUAUUUCUUUCAUGUCCAUCAUCACAAAUGACACCGAUGACAAUAAUAUCAUCUUCAACACAUCAACAAACGGACAAUUCGUCAACAUUAUCAACUUAUAUUAAAUUGAGUCAUUCAUUGAAAGAUGAAACUUUUUAA